GUUAAUUUUUUAUAAUUUUUAAUUCCAACAGCAGCCGCCCCUCCCCUUGCAUCUUUGAGUUAGUACAUUCUGGGAAUUUGGUCAAAAAGGGCAAACCGCUUCCGGAGAUUCGCAAUUCUAGGACAACAAAACAUUUCAUAACUCUCUCUCUCUUGCGAACAUCGAAGUCUGCCCAUUUGCGCCACUGCCCCAAUUAGAUCGAGUUGGAGGACUGCGCCCUCGUUCCGAAAGCCUCAGGAUGGCAAUGAUUGAUGAGCCUCUGUAUCCGAUUGCCGUUCUAAUUGAUGAGCUAAAAAAUGAAGACAUUCAGCUUCGUUUGAACUCAAUCCGCCGUCUCUCGACAAUUGCUCGAGCACUUGGAGAGGAGAGGACCCGAAAGGAAUUGAUUCCUUUUCUUAGUGAGAAUAAUGAUGACGACGAUGAAGUGCUUCUUGCAAUGGCAGAAGAGUUAGGGGUGUUUAUUCCAUAUGUUGGAGGUGUGGAACAUGCUAAUGUUUUGCUUCCACCUUUGGAAGCCCUAUGUACGGUUGAGGAAACUUGCGUGAGAGACAAAGCUGUGGAGUCAUUGUGUAGAAUUGGGGCUCAAAUGAGGGAGUCUGAUUUGGUGGAGCAUUUCAUUCCUCUGGUUAAGAGAUUGGCUGCUGGUGAGUGGUUCACAGCUCGUGUUUCCUCAUGUGGAUUGUUUCAUAUUGCUUAUCCAAGUGCCCCUGAUACAUUAAAAACCGAACUACGAACAAUAUACGGUCAGUUGUGUCAAGAUGACAUGCCUAUGGUGAGAAGAUCGGCUGCUACAAACCUUGGAAAAUUUGCUGCUGCUGUUGAAGCUGCCCAUUUGAAGACUGACAUCAUGUCAAUAUUUGAGGACCUAACACAGGAUGAUCAAGAUUCCGUUCGUUUAUUGGCUGUUGAGGGUUGUGCAGCUCUUGGAAAGUUGUUGGAACCCCAAGACUGUGUAGCACACAUUCUCCCUGUUAUAGUUAAUUUUUCUCAGGACAAGUCUUGGCGUGUUCGUUACAUGGUUGCAAAUCAAUUGUAUGAGCUUUGUGAAGCUGUUGGUCCUGAGCCUACCAGGUCUGACUUAGUUCCUGCAUAUGUUCGGUUACUCCGCGAUAAUGAGGCUGAAGUACGCAUUGCUGCUGCUGGAAAAGUAACUAAGUUCUGCAGGAUUUUGAAUCCAGAACUUGCUAUUCAGCAUAUCCUUCCAUGUGUUAAGGAAUUGUCAUCAGAUUCUUCCCAGCAUGUUCGUUCUGCUUUGGCUUCAGUUAUAAUGGGAAUGGCGCCAGUUUUAGGAAAGGAUGCAACAAUAGAGCAACUUCUUCCGAUAUUCCUUUCUCUUCUUAAGGAUGAAUUUCCUGAUGUCCGACUGAAUAUUAUCAGCAAGCUGGAUCAAGUGAAUCAGGUGAUUGGAAUCGAUCUUCUCUCCCAGUCCCUAUUGCCAGCUAUCGUUGAGCUUGCAGAGGAUAGACAUUGGAGGGUUCGGCUUGCUAUCAUAGAAUACAUACCUCUAUUGGCAAGUCAAUUGGGUGUAGGAUUUUUUGACGAUAAGCUUGGAGCUCUUUGCAUGCAAUGGUUAAAAGAUAAGGUUUACUCAAUACGCGAUGCAGCCGCUAAUAAUGUGAAGCGCCUUGCAGAAGAAUUUGGCCCAGAUUGGGCUAUGCAGCACAUCAUUCCUCAGGUUUUGGACAUGAUAAACAACCCACACUAUCUAUAUAGGAUGACAAUUCUACAUGCAAUUUCCCUACUUGCCCCCGUUAUGGGCUCAGAAAUUACAUGUUCCCAGCUUCUGCCCGUUGUGAUUAAUGCGUCAAAAGAUAGGGUACCCAACAUCAAGUUCAACGUGGCUAAGGUGUUGCAGUCCCUCAUUCCAAUAGUCGACCAGUCUGUGGUGGAGAAGUCAAUCCGUCCCUGUUUGGUUGAGCUUAGUGAGGACCCAGAUGUUGACGUAAGGUUUUUUGCUAGCCAAGCCCUGCAGGCCUCUGAUCAGGUCAUGAUGUCCACCUAGUUUCUUUAUAUUAUUAAUUUGUGUUCUUGUCUUCCCCCAAGUCAUAGCUCCGGUUUAGUCGUCUUUCAGUGUAUCUAUGUAAUAUUUGACCUGAGGCUGAGGUGCUAGAACCGGUUCCUCCCAGAUAUAUUGAUAUUAGAUUUUUUGUAUUUUUUAUUUCUAUUUUUGAUUGCUUCAUUUUAUUUUAUUUUUUGUUAUGCAUUUUUAUAUCCACCUGGGGAAUGAAUAGAAACAUAUCAGCAUUCUAGCC